GGUUCACGUUGGUUUCUCUCUCUCUCUCUCUCUCUCUAUUAUUUUGUGUAUAUGAACGACCGUCCGUCCCAACACAGACGAGGCCGAGCGAGGUUGGGAAGGGAGAAAGGAAAGGGUGUUUAGGGUUGCGUAAGGAAGCGUGAGGCUUGGAUUUACUGGGUAAGAGAGUGAGAGGAGGGGUGAGAUGGCCAUGUCCAGCUGCUGCGCCAGGUUCCUGGGAGGAAGCUUUGCGCCUUCAUGUCUUCUUCCUCCUUCCUCCUCCUCCUCCUCCACUUCGUCCGGCUCCUCCUCCUUCGAGUGUCGAUCCGACCCUGAACUACUGUCCGGCUCAUCCUCCUUCCAGAGGACUCAAAGAAAGCGAAUCAGCUCCUCUUUGUCAUCAUCACCGCUCUUGAUGGCAGCAGGGAUGUCGUCGUCGCUCAUCUUCAGAUUCCCUCCCAACUUCGUGAGGCAGCUGAGCGUCAAGUCUAGGCGCAACUGCAGCAACAUCGGCGUCGCCCAGAUCGUGGCGUCUGCAUGGUCCAACAACGGUGGCCCCGUCGUCAGCCCGAAGGACGAGGAGAAGAUCCUCGAUCCUUCUCCUUGUAACAUUAGCGGUGUACAGAUUGGUGGUUCGGCUGUCUCACAGGCCCAAUUCUUCAGCUCCGACGGUUCCGUUGCGGUUCAUGCCGGAGAAAGGUUGGGGCGUCGUCUAAAUACUGAUGCAGUGACUACCCCAGUUGUUAAUACUACUGCUUAUACGUUCAGAAAUACUGCUGAAUUGAUUGACUUCAAGGAAGGGCGCCAUCCAAGUUUUGAGUAUGGUCGCUAUGGGAAUCCGACAACUGAGGUAGCAGAGCAAAAGAUCAGUGCACUAGAGGGGGCUGAAUCAACGUUGUUGAUGGCAUCUGGCAUGUGUGCUAGUACUGUUAUGAUGAUGGCAUUAGUACCAGCUGGUGGGCAUCUAGUGACAACCACUGACUGCUACAGGAAAACUCGGAUAUUUAUCCAAACAGUACUUCCUAAGAUGGGAAUAACGGCCACUGUCAUUGAUCCCGCUGAUAUUGAAGCCCUGAAAUCUGCUUUAGACAAAAACAAUGUAUCUCUUUUCUUCACAGAGUCUCCAACUAAUCCUUAUCUCCGAUGCGUUGACAUUGAGUUGGUUUCAAAAUUAUGCCAUAGCAAAGGAGCGUUGGUCUGUAUAGAUGGUACUUUUGCAACACCUAUCAAUCAAAAGGCCUUAGAGCUGGGUGCAGACCUUGUUCUGCAGUCUGUAACAAAAUAUCUUGCAGGCCAUAAUGAUGUCAUUGGUGGUUGUAUCAGUGGUUCAGAGAAACUGCUGGGUGAAAUUCGUACCCUGCAUCACAUUUUAGGCGGUGUUCUCAACCCCAAUGCGGCAUACUUGAUCAUCAGAGGCAUGAAGACACUGCAUCUUCGUGUGCAGCGACAAAACUCAACAGCAUUGAGAAUAGCACAACUUCUAGAGGUGCAUCCUAAGGUUUCACGUGUCCAUUACCCGGGCCUGCCCAGCCACCCAGAGCACCACAUAGCUGUUAAACAGAUGAAAGGCUUUGGUGGUGUUGUCAGUUUUGAGGUGUCUGGGGAUCUGAAUACUACGAGGAAAUUCGUUGACUCCUUGAGGAUUCCUUAUCUUGCUCCAUCAUUUGGAGGCUGUGAAAGCAUUGUGGAUCCACCCACUAUCAUGUCCUAUUGGGAUCUUACUCCGCCUGAGAGAGCUGAAUAUGGGAUCAAGGACUCACUGGUUCGAUUUAGUAUGGGAGUCGAAGAUUAUGAAGAUGUGGAGGCUGACAUUCUUCAGGCAUUGGAGGUCAUUUAAUUAACAAGCGGCUGUCACAAGAAGCAUUUGCUUCAAGUGCUAGUGAGGGUCGACAAUGCCUGGCGAGCAUACAGGGGUUACCACCCUCAGUGUCUAUGCAGGUUUCCGGAAACAUUGGACAUGAUAAUGCGCUCUUUAAUAAUAUUUGCAUGAGAUGUUUUUUUCCAA